AUGGGCUCACAAACCAACGAAACGAAGGAGUCGUUGUACUUCGCUCCCAUCCCCAGCCCCGCGGCGAAGAAUGCCCCGUACUUCACCCCGGAGCAAGACCCCGUCUCCGGCACGGCCAUCAGCACAACAACCGGCGCCCCUGUCCCCAAACUCUUCACCCCGCUCACCGUCAGGGGCCUCACCUUCCAGAACCGCAUCUUCCUUGCGCCACUGUGCCAGUACUCGGCCAAGGAUGGCUACGCCACGGACUGGCACCUGACCCAUCUCGGUGGCAUCAUCCAGCGCGGGCCCGGCCUCUCGAUCAUGGAGUCUACAGCGGUGCAGAAAGAGGGACGCAUCACGCCCCAGGACAUUGGCUUGUGGGAGGACGGCCAGAUCGAGCCGUUACGCCGUAUUAUUGACUUCGCCCACAGCCAAGGCCAGAAGAUUGGCAUUCAGCUCAGCCACGCUGGUCGCAAGUCCAGCACCGUCGCGCCGUUCCUGCACAUGAACGCCACCUCGAGCGCUGAGGUUGGCGGCUGGCCCGACGAGGUGUACGCCCCUUCGGCGCUGCGCUUCAACGAUGCCUAUCCGCAACCCAAGGCCAUGACUUUAGAGCAGAUUCAAGAGUUCAAGACUGCCUUUGUUGACGCGGCGAAGCGGGCUGUGAAGGCCGGCUUUGAUGUUGUUGAGAUCCACGCUGCCCACGGAUAUCUGGUCCACCAGUUCCUCAGUCCUAUCAGCAACCAGCGCACAGAUCAGUACGGCGGAAGCUGGGAGAACCGCACGCGGUUGGUGCUGGAAAUCACCGACCUGGUGCGUGCAGCGAUCCCGACGGAGAUGCCCCUAUUCGUGCGCAUCAGCGCGACGGACUGGUUCGACGACAUGAAGGAGGAGUUCCCCGAGAGCUGGACCGUUGCGGACUCUUGCAGGUUGGCACCGAUACUCGCUGACAAGGGCGUUGAUUUCCUCGACGUCAGCUCGGGAGGCAUCCACCCUCUGCAGUCGACGAGUAUCAAGGGCGGCCCUGGUUACCAAGCAGGCUUCGCCAAGGAGAUUAAGAAGGCGGUUGGCGACAAGUUGAUUGUGUCGGCUGUUGGUGGUAUUAGCACCGGAACCAUGGCAGAAGGCUUCCUCCAGGCGGGCUUGGAUGUCAUUAUGUGUGGUCGGUGGUUCCAAAAGAACCCGGGUCUGGUUUACACCUAUGCUGAUGAGCUCGGCGUCAACGUCAAGAUGGCGAACCAAAUUGGAUGGGGCUUCAGCGGACGAAAGGGAAAGAAAUGA